AAAAACAGAACAGAAAAUUCAAUGUCAAUCCCAAAUGAAAAUGGAACUAUACACCCGGAAAAACUGUAAGCAAAAACCAAUGGCCUGCCAGUGGUUCCCUUCAAUUAUUCAAUCACCAUCAUCACCAGUCUCCAACUCCAAAACAACAACAACUACAGCAUAAACACUUCAAAUCUCACCCACCCUUUCUCUUCUCUGACCUCAAAACCCAAAACCAGAUACACCCCCGUCGCCAUGGAAGAAGAGGACGAACAAAACCCACAACAGAGAAGCUACUGGAGCAGAUGGAGCAAACACGACUUUUUCCCGGAACCCACAUUCCAAAACUUAUCUUCAUACAAAGACGCACUUUCACACACUCCUUCUCGCCUCAAAGACCGUCUUCUCCACCGCUCCUCUGACUCCUUUGAGCUCCUUCAGCUCCCGAAACAGAGUGAGAAUCGCAUGAAGCGUUGCCUCACUUGGUGGGACUUGGUCUGGCUUGGCUUCGGCUCUGUUGUUGGUUCAGGCAUUUUUGUAAUCACUGGCCAGGCAACCCGUGAUGCUGGGCCUUCCAUUGUUCUCUCCUAUGCCAUCUCUGGUUUCUCUGCUUUGCUCUCAGUUUUGUGCUACACAGAGUUCGCUGUUGAAAUCCCAGUUGCAGGCGGGUCCUUUUCGUACCUUCGAAUCGAAUUGGGAGACUUUGUGGCUUUCAUAGCAGCUGGGAAUAUUCUGCUGGAGGCCCUUGUUGGUUCAGCUGGACUGGGUCGUUCUUGGUCUUCUUACUUUGCCAGCAUGAUCAGGACUGAUGACACUGACUUUCUUCGAAUUCGGGUAAAAUCUUUGCCUAAUGGUUUUAAUCUCUUAGACCCAAUUGCUGUUGUGGUGCUUUUGGUUGCCAAUAGUAUUGCAAUGAGCGGGACAAGGAGGACUUCUGUGUUGAAUUGGAUUGCUUCUAUAGCUAGUGCUUUUAUUAUUGUGUUUAUAAUAAUUGUUGGGUUUGUUCGUGGCAACACUGCAAAUUUGACACCCUUUUUCCCAUUUGGAGCAGAGGGUUGUUUCAAGGCUGCAGCUGUUGUGUUCUGGUCUUAUACUGGUUUUGAUAUGGUUGCCAAUAUGGCUGAGGAAGCUAAGAAACCCUCAAGGGAUAUACCAGUAGGUUUGAUUGGUUCUAUGAGUUUGAUCACAUUGGUUUAUUGCUUGAUGGCUUUGGUACUGAGCAUGAUGCAGAAAUACACUGAAAUUGAUGAAGAUGCCGCUUAUUCGGUUGCUUUCGAAGCGAUUGGCAUGGAUUGGGCUAAGUAUUUAGUGAGUAUAUGUGCCCUCAAGGGAAUGACUACGAGCCUUCUGGUUGGGUCUAUGGGGCAAGCUAGGUAUACCACUCAGAUUGCAAGAGCUCAUAUGAUUCCACCCUGGUUUGCUUUGGUUCACCCGAAAACCGGAACCCCUAUUUAUGCUACUGCCAUGGUGACCUUAGUUAGUGCAUUUGUAGCACUAUUCACUAGUCUGGAUGUGCUGUCCAGUGUCUUUUCUUUCAGUACGCUCUGCAUUUUUAUGUUUGUGGCUAUUGCAUUGCUUGUGAGGCGGUAUUAUGUUAAGGAUGUGACACCGAGGAAUGAUUUGGUCAAAUUUCUUAUAUGUUUGUUUGUUAUAAUUGGUUCUUCUAUUGGAGUUACAGUUCUUUGGAAUGCAGACAAGUGGGGGUGGAUUUGGUAUGUAGUUUUUGGUGUUAUUUGGUUAUUGGGGACUUUGUGGAUGGCAUUCCUUCCAAAGCACCGAGUUCCCAAAGUUUGGGGGGUUCCGCUUGUUCCUUGGUUUCCCGCAUUGUCAAUUGGAAUUAAUGUUUUCCUCAUUGGAUCUCUGGGUUAUGUUGCAUUCUUGAGGUUUUUCAUUUGCACUGCGGUUAUGGUUGCCUACUAUUUGCUAGUUGGUGUACAUGCAACAUAUGAUGUAGCUCACCAGAUUGAACAAGAGUCUAAAACUGAAGAGGGAAAUGAAAGUGCAAGUUAAGGGGUGAUAUGCUUGAGGUUUUUCAUAUGCAGUGCAGUAAUAGUUGCAUUGUAUAUGCAAUAUAUGAUGUGGCUCAACAGAUUGAACAGGACUGGAGAACUGAAGAGACCAAUUAAGGGGUCCUGAAGCAGGUAAUCGACAAUGUUUAGGUUUUUUCUUUUUUUGGUCUUAAUUAAUGUUUAGGAUAUUGCUUAAGAGAAUUUGUGAGUACAAAUUGCUUUGGAAUGGGUAGUUUGACAGACAAUGUUUCACUUC